GGCACGGGGGGAAAAGGAAGAGAGAGCGGGAGCAUUGAAGGCUGUGCGGCGGCGGCGGUAGCGGAGGGGAGGUGGGCGCAUACAUACACACACUUUCCAUCUGCGCGUGCGCGGGAAUUCGAACGCCGCGCGCGAGACCGGAUGGAGAGCGACUUCUUGCUGGCGCUGCGGCUGCAGGAGGAGUGGGAGGCCGAGGCCCUGGAGGAAGGCGCUUACGCGGGGGAGAGGGCUUCCUCCUCCUCGGCCGCCACCGCCGCCGCCGCCAAGGCUUUUCCCUCGCGGCCGCUGUCGGUGGUGGACGAAUCCUGGGAGCUGCUGGACCCCAACCCGGACGCCAGGGGCCUCUUCAUGCACUUCAACGAGACCCUCUUCGAGGGCCAGCUGGCGGCCGUGGAAGUGAAGUGGAGCCCCCGCAUGACGCUGUGUGCAGGGAUGUGCUGCUACGAAGGCCGUGGGGGGAUGUGCUCCAUCCGACUCAGCGAACCCCUUCUGAAACUGAGGCCAAGGAAGGACCUUGUGGAGACUCUUUUACAUGAAAUGAUCCAUGCCCUGUUGUUCGUCACUAAUAAUGACAGAGAUCGCGAUUCCCAUGGCCCAGAAUUCUGCAAACACAUGCAUCGGAUAAACAGCUUAACUGGCGCCAAUAUUACGAUCUAUCAUGAUUUUCAUGAUGAAGUGGAUUCCUAUCGCCAGCACUGGUGGCGCUGCAAUGGCCCUUGUCAAAAUAGAAAGCCGUAUUUUGGCUAUGUGAAGCGUGCAAUGAAUAGGGCACCAUCUGCAAAUGACUUCUGGUGGUCUGAGCACCAAAAUACUUGUGGAGGUACAUUCACCAAAAUCAAAGAGCCAGAGAACUACUCAAGGAAAGGCAAACAGAAGAACAAUCAAGCAGAAGUUCCAGCUAACGACAAAGAAAGAGCUCAUGCAAACAAUAUACAAAGCAUAAUUCCUUUUAGUGGAAAAGGAUAUGUCCUUGGUGGGAACACAAAUGUGUCAUCAUCAGAGAGAACCACAAGUCCUAGCAACCACAAGAGGUCACAGCAUCAUUCACCAUCUGGUUUGACUAGACUGAAUCCCAAAAAUGAACAAAAUGUUUCCUUUACAAAUGUCUCCUCUUCAUUUUCAUUUGUUGAGGAUAAAAAAAACCUGGCUUCUAGCUGCAUGCUCUCUAAAGUUUCAGUUGCUAACAAAAAAAGUUACAGCAAUGUUAAUGGUUCACCAAUUAAAAAUUUUUUGUUUACUGGAAGAAGUUCUCAUUCAAGCUCCACAAAUGCUGCAUCAGAUUUACUGCCAAAGGAAACACCAGAAAAAACGCUUUUUGAACCAGCUACAUCAACUCCUAAAUCCCACAUUGCAACGUAUGGAAAUUAUGACACACAAAAUAGUGGAGCACCCAAACGGGCAAGGAUGGAAGACACAACUGCCUUUGAAAACUAUUUUUCAAAGAAAAAGGAUCCAGAAUGGACUAGUCCUUCAGUGAAAAGCAAGUCUGAACCAGUAAUCGUGGAAAGUCUGACGACUUCUGUCAGUGAUGAAAAGAGAAUGGUUUGCUGCCCUGUCUGCCAGUGUGAGGUUUUGGAAGCAAAAAUUAAUGAACACUUAGAUUCAUGCCUUUGAGAUUUCAGAUCUUAUAUACCAAAACACUAAUCAUAGCAAUGCUGGUUUCCUCUAUCUGAGUGUCUCUUGGAACCAAUAAAGUUCAUUAUAAUAAA